CCGUGGAGUCCGCCGCCUACGCUGAAGCCGGAGCGCCCAUCAACCGCAGCCAGACAGCAGAGCAGAAGAAAGAAUCCAAUUCUGCUCUGAAAUGGAGCAGACUUCGAAGGAUGUUGCGAGAGCCCUUCUCGGAAUUUAUGGGAGUCUUCAUUCUCAUCAUGUUCGGCGAUGGUGUCGUCGCUCAGGUGGUCCUCAGUCACGGCCAAAAAGGCGAUUACCAAUCCAUCUCGUGGGGCUGGGUCAGUUCGGUCCUUGCAUAGUGAACGUGAUUCCGAAGUGUACGCGUCCGGUAUCUCAGGAGGUCACAUCAAUCCUGCUGUGACCUUUGCCAAUUGCGUCUUCCGCGGCUUUCCAUGGAGGAAGUUUCCGAUCUAUAUGUUGUCGCAGGUUCUUGGUGCAAUGACUGCCGCAGCGGUCGUGUACGGCAACUAUCGGUCGGCUAUCGAUGCUUAUGAAGGCGGUGUUGGAAUCCGCACGGUUGGAGGGGAAAACUCAUCUGCUGGCAUCUUCUGCACAUAUCCUGCUGCUUUCAUGACGAGGACCGGCAUGUUCUUUUCCGAAUUCAUCGCCAGCACAUUACUCAUGUUCCUGAUUUACGCCAUCAAGGACGAUCACAACAUCGGAGCCAAGAACCUCACUCCGCUGGCGUUGUUCUUCAUCAUCUUUGGCAUUGGUGCUUGCUUCGGUUGGGAAACGGGCUAUGCAAUCAACUUGGCUCGAGAUUUCGGCCCGCGAUUGACGUCGUAUAUGAUUGGGUAUGGCCACGAGGUCUGGUCAGCUGGCGGAUAUUACUUUUGGAUACCCAUGGUGGCCCCAUUUCUUGGCUGUUGCUUUGGCGGCUUCCUGUACGAUGUCUUGCUCUUUACCGGACAGAGUCCAAUUAACACACCAUACUGGGGCUUCUACCGGAUUGUGCCAAGCCUGCGUAGGAAAUAUGCCGGGACUCGGUGGGACGAAGAAAAUGUGAAGAACGACGAGUGAGGCAGCAGCGUCGAGAUGAAGACGAAGAAGACGUGUAGUCCACUUCCAAUGUGUGAGGCUUCGGCAAUCUUGCUCCGAGCAAGUCGCCGAGGAUUAUCCCUGCUUCAGCAGAGAGUAAGGUAAGGUGGAGGUAAGGCAGGAACACACGCAGCUACAUGUAGCUGAUAUUGGAUGUGGCAACUGCGACGAGAUGUAUCGACGCAUGACGAGAC